AUGGCUGAGCUGUCAUCAUGCUACUUCAUCAUUCCCUUUGGCUUAAUGUAUAUAAACUCACCUCCUCCCCACUUCAUUCCACAAGCUUCCUACCAACACAAGCAAGAACAGGUACUUCAGAGGACAGACUCCUUUGAGGAGUUAUUAGCUGAAAAUGAAAUCAAGAAAACCAAGGAAAUGUGCAAGCAGGUUGAUAGAAGCUGGUCAUGGAACAAGUUAUCAUCAACACCAAAAAGUGAGCCACCAAAAGUUGGUGCUGUGGCCAAGUUUAAGGCUGAUCAUCGCCGCAAUUAUAGCACAGGAGAUGUUCCUUACCCUGAAGCCUCAGGACCAAAGCUCAUGAGGAGCAGUGGAAUGAGAAGAAACUGGACUUUUGAGGAUGUGACCGAAAAGCAAGAAAAGAGUAUUGGACAAGGGGACUUAGAGUUGUUGUACAUUGUUAAAGAGGGUGGUAUUCCAAGCAUAUUGCACAAGUUAUGA